AGUGAAACGCGCCACAUGAGCGUGGACGUGAUUGAGAGAGGAGCUGGUUCAAAGUCUGCGUGGCUGCACCGUCCCUCCACGACCUCCAGCCGCGGUUCUUUGUUGGAGGAACCCAGGAGCCUCUCACCUGUCACUGCGGCCCAGCCACGCCGAUGCCUCACAAAGAGGUGCAGUCAAGCAAAAGGUGGGGCUGCUUCCUGCUGUCCAGAUGAUGGCAAAACCAAAUCAGCCACACCUGAGGAGGCAGAACCCCGAGUGAGAGCAAAGGAGCUCACGCGGCGAGCGGCGGACGUUAUAAAGCGCCUGAUUGAUUACAGACAGAGGCCUGUAAUCAGCCGUCCUGACACCGUCCGAGCUGCUCAGCUGCACGCCGGCCUUUCAGCGAAAACGCCUGACAUCUCACAGCUGCAGAUGAAAGCAAGUGUUGCGGUGGAAACGUUUCAUGAGGACUUCUCUUCAUCCAAACGUGUCCGGCAGCAACUUUCUUUAACAACUUCAUCAAGGGAGGAAGAGUUUUCUGUUCUGAGGCAACUCCAGUUGGUUUCCAGAAGGAACAAAGGGCCUAAGAAUAGACCCCAGUAUGUGAUAAGGCCAGAUGAUAAUGAAUAUUUCAGUGGGAAAACAAUCACAAAAGAGUCUGAGCCACCCGUCCUCAGGGGAGGCGGGAAAAGAGGAAAAUCACACAUGAGAACUGCUGAGAAUGAAAAAAGUAAGGGCUUGCUGAACCUGCUUGGUUCUCCCAAAACAGACCCUGAUGGUGUUGGUCUAAAAGGCGAAUCAUCUGACGCCCUGAUUGUGACUUUCCUUCAAGAAACAGAAAUCCAGACAGAAAACCGGGAAUCGGCAAACGUACGUUCAAAGGGGUUGUCCGUCUUUCCAGCCAUGACCGACGUCCAGACUGAACCAGAAACAUCAGAAUGCAGAUGCUCAGACGGAGGCGAGCGCUCAGCAGAGAAGGAAGAACGAAUAAAAUCAGCUGAUGAGGACGUGGCGACUGUUAGAGCGGAGGAACCAGAACUUUCUGGGACUCUAGAUGUGAGCAAAAACACCAACGAGGACAAUUCUGCACUGCCUACACCUCUCCAACUCAAGACGACUGAAACCCCAACAAAUGCGUUGGCGACUGAAAAGACCACAACAAAAAUCCCAGAAACGACAAGAAGAGACGAAGAAACCACGAGUCCAGAGGCCAGCACUCCUGCAGUCACAUUUACGACAGAGACGACAACCAGGAUCGCGUUCUUAGGCCUCAGAAUGAGGGGCAACGUUCACACAGCGCUGACGGGCGACAUCACAACGUCACUGGACGAAGCCAUGGAGAGACACAAGCAGAACGCUGAACCCUCCAAACCGGUGGAAACGACCCAGAAAGAAACCACAAGAGUUCAUCCAGAGGCUAGAAGUGAGCCCGUUUGGCGCUGUGGGGGGCUGGUCGCUCGCACUGAAGCUGGAUGGAAACACUGCAUGGAGAGACUUGGUUCAGCCGCGUCCAGAAGGUUCUCCUCAAAGGAAGCUCCGGAUGUGAGGAGACCCGAGGAGGCGCCUUUAGAGGGCAGCGACCCUCUCAGUGAUGACGGAAACGAACACUUCUACUAUUUUGAUGGCGUUGUGAAAAAAGUUUCUGCAACCUUUGAUCCCAUUAUCAGGAGGCAACGUCUCAGAAGAAGCAAAACUGAGAAAACAUCAAGUCAGAGACAAAAUACUUUGAUUUAGCCUCAAACUGGGAAAACAAAAAAACUACUGAUGUGGAAACAAACGUUCAGCUUUUAAAAGAGUCAUUAAGCUUUGUUUUUGUAAAGAUUUUAAACUGUCCUUGUGCUUUUGUUUCUAUUUAUCUAUUUAAAAUGUGUUGUCCUCCUCAAUAAAAAAUAAGGUAAUUAGUUGUUGUUCAUGGGACCUCCAUGUUAUUCUUGACUGUAAAUUAAAAUCAAAGCAGUGUUAAGGAUUUUAAGGCUUCAUGUAGACUGUAGAUCUCUAAAGCUGCAAAGAAAAUAAUUGAUGACGUUUAUCCUACAAAUUCCAGGACUGUGUAGUAAAAAGGAAGAAAUAUACGACUUAUCUGGGCUCUUAUUAUAUUUUUUAAAAUGUACUUAAGUAUAUAAAGAGAAUAAAGCAAAUUUUUUUAAGAAUUCCCUAAA